AAUAUUGUGUUGUCCGUUGUGGGGAAAAAAAAAUAUAUAAAUAUUUCCCGCCGGCCGCCGUCGUCCGAGCCGCCGCCGCGGGCUUUUGUAACGCGCACGCCUUGACACUGCCGCCCCGGCGCUAAACGCGUGUUACGUUUUCGGAUCGAAACGGGAGCGUCCCGUGACACGGCGACGUACCGUGUCGGCCAGUCGGGCCCGCGGUGGUGAUCAGCUGCGGUGGUGCGUCCCAUAACGUCCGCGCCGUCGUCCGUGUAAUAAUAUUCCGUGCGUCGAAAAUCGAUCGCGGUCUGCCGCCGGUAAAAUUUUUUUUAAAAAAUUAAAAAAACACUCAAAACCGGACUGUUAUAAAAAAUUCAGCCAUAGAAAAGUAAUUAAAAAAAACAAAGCAACAUCCAAAAUUAUUAUUUCAAUAGUCCACAACUGAUCCAGACAGACCGACGUCUCAGGUAGAGAAAAUCUCUAGGCGUGAGUGCGGCGGCGCCAACAGUCGACAGUAUGCAAACGUGGAAUUCGCAUUGAUGGCACCCGCCGGGUACGAUGAUCGCUUUGCCCAUAUCCAUUCAGAUGCGCAUCCUGUGGACGCUGGCCAUGGGCACGGUGUUCGUGCUUUUGGUCCAGUACCAGUCGUCCAACGUGUGGCCGCAACAGCAGAGCCAGCUGAGCAACCGGCUGGACCCGGUCGCCGAGGACCUGGUCUCCUUGGCCCUGUCCAAGGUGGUCAUUGACGACGACAUGACGCUGUCCAAGGAAGUGUUGUUGGGAAUCACCAGACAGAUUGCCAGGUACGUGGUGUACAGUUCCGGGUGCAACGUGUCGCCGGUAAACGGCAGCCCGUCGCCCAGCACCAUAUACAUCAUCACCCCGACGUACAGGCGACCCGAACAGAUAGCAGACCUCACUAGGAUGGCGCAGACGCUCAUGCUGGUCCGGGACAUCCAUUGGCUGGUCGUCGAGGACUCGGAGGCCAAGUCGCAGUUGCUCUCCUCGUUGCUCCAUUCUUUCGGCAUCAGAUUCACUCAUCUCACAGCUCCAAUGCCGAAACGAUACAAGACAACCAAGGGAGCUAAGCCCAAAGGAGUGGCCAACCGUAACCGAGCUCUAAGCUGGAUACGCGAGAACGCCAACGACGGUAUCAUGUAUUUCGCUGACGACGACAACACAUACGACGUCAGGCUUUUCAACGAGAUGCGUUACACGCAGAAGGUAUCCAUGUGGCCAGUGGGACUGUGCACCAAGACUGGACUGAGCACGCCAAUCGUGGAAAACGGCAACCUGGUCGGUUUCUACGACGGUUGGAUAGCCGGCCGGAAGUUCCCGGUCGACAUGGCAGGGUUCGCAGUCAGUGUAAAGUUCUUGCAGGAAAGACCACACGCUAGGAUGCCGUACAAACCGGGGUUCGAAGAAGACGGAUUUUUGAGGAGCCUAAGUCCUUUCGAGCCCAGAGAAAUAGAACUGAAAGCGGACAAUUGUACCAAAAUAUUGGUGUGGCACACGCAGACGAAGAAAAACGAACCGUCGUCGAGAGUGGACGUUGUCAAGUAUAAAAACACGAAUAUUAUCGACUUGAAGAGGAUCAUCGUUUGAUGUUUGCAUCAUGUCAAUAUUGUACAGUGUGUGUUUUGCUGAUUUGUUUUUCAUACUGAAAAAGGCGCACAAAAGGGCGAAACCAAAAGUCGCCGGCGAUCGCCCCACGUCGAGACGACCAGUUCUACUAUUUGGAUUUGCUCAAACGCAUAAUAUUUAAUAAUUGUAUUGCCUGAUUUAUUUCAAACCGAGCAUUAUUACUCUUAGUUUUUAAUUUCUAUUAUUAUUAUUAUUAACGUAUCGUUUGUUGUUUCUUUUUACUUCUGCGCUAUCUAUACUGUGAAUACUGUUAAUAUUUCGAUAAUAUGAGCCGCUCAGAAGCCAAACUGAUUAUCUCCAUAAAAUGCAACUUUUUGAUCAGGACAGGCAGUUAAAGUUAUUUGAAACAAUGUAUGUAAGUACAAUUGCCAAUUUUCUUGGCGCACUCUAGUGGUGAAACAUCCAACUAUGGAGUUAUUUUUAUCUUGGCCACUGAAAAUUAUACACUUUUUUUUAUCCAACCAUGCUAAGUGGAGUUAAUCGGUUUGGCAUCUGAGCGCCUCAUAUAAUACCUAAUUAUUAUACCUACCUACUUAUACCAUCGCCACAUGCAUUGUGUACACACUCAUGUCUGAUUUCGACUUAUAUACGUAUAUUGUAUACACACGGAUACCAACCGCUUUGGAUGUUGUUUUUUUUUUUUUAAUAAUUAUUAAUAUUUUAAUAUUGUAAUACAUAGUUUUUUUUUUUGUAUUAUUUUUCGUUGGUCUCAAGCUAGUCAACCGCCGGAAAUGUGUACACUGUCACUAGAAAGUCAUAGAAAUCGACUGCAUUUUCAGUGUGUCCAACCCACUGAACUCAAGUCAUGUUGUUUGCAAAUUCGUGGGAAAUAGAAAUCCUACGUUAAUUUUCCACGAUAAAAUAUAUUAAAAUGUCAUCUCUAAAAAUAUUCAAAUCGGCCAAUUCUUAUAACCCGGUCUGGUAUUUCCCAACACGGAAAAGCAUUUUUUCCCCCAAUAUGGCCGCCACCUGCGUGAUGUUUGACACAUUAAUCAGUGUGUCCAACCCAAAAAAUAAUAAUAAUCAAUCAAUCAAAUCAAAUCGGAUUCUGUUUUGUUUACGAGCCGAACGAUAUAAUAUUAUUUUAUUGAAUUUUUUUUUUUGUGUGAUCAAACGACUGAGUAUAAGUUCGGCAAGCUUUUUGAAAUAUCGAUCAAAAUAUAUUAUUAUAUAUUCUAUUUAUAGUCGUAUAGAUCGUUCGAAAACGUUUUUUUUUUUUUUUUAGUGUUAUUACUAUUUUAUUUUCAUUUAUGUUGACCGUUCACGUUUUGCACAUUUUUCACUGAUAAAGUAAUGAACGUGUCCACGUGGAUUGCUGGAACCUAUUUAUUUAAAAACACCUGUAAAAGUCACCGUGAUAUAAUACAAUGUUAUUACAAAACUUAUUAUAACUUACAAUAUUACUUUGAGAUUCUACUCUACCCUCAGAAUCUCAUUGUUAUCCAUACCGUUUUGUCGGUAAUUUUCAAGGACAUAUCCAACGUAUACGUGUUGAAUCAUAUCACAUUGAAACCCCCAAAUAAUAAUGAUAUUAUUAUUAUUGCUAUUAACUAUCAUGGUAGUUGUGUAAAUCAUACCAUAUAUUAUUGAACAGUUUAUUGUGCCCAUGUUUGUUGCAUAAUAAUUAAUUAUAGAUUAUUAUCAUUAAGUUAAAUAAUAUUAUACUAUAGUAGUUUGUUCAACGUAGUCCGUACCCAAUUUUUUUUUCUUCGUGUAAUUAGUGCAAUUAUUUACUGUAGUUAAAUAUCUUUAGAGUUACUCUUAGGCCUCUUGGCCGAUACGCUAACCCAAUACGUUUAAUCGAUUAUCAUUCUUUUUUUUUUGUUCUUUUUAAGUAUGUCUCACCAGAAUGAAAAAAUAUGUAUACCUACACAACCGUCAUCCACGUGACGUUUUAAAAAUGGCACUCGGAUCAUCAUAAACAGUUUAUAUUAUUAUUUCCCUACUGUCACGACGUAUUGAUUUUGAUUUGUUUUUUGUUAUAAAACCGAGCAAGAGAAAAAAAAAUACAUUUAGAAAACAGGGUGCCAUAAAAUAACUGUAAACCAUUAAGCAACUGGGUAGAACCGUUUCAAGUGUGAUAAUCUUAUGACGGCCUGGCCAAUUACCUCUGUCUGUAUCUGCUGUGGAAUAAUAUUAUUAUAACGUUUACAAGAUGAGUUGUUUAUUUUUAUUCUCCUUUUUUUUUUU